UUAAGAGUCAUCUUAGGAUAUGUAAAGAGUGCUGGUGUCCCACAUCCCAUCCCUAGGGAUUCGUAUUUGAUUUGUUGGGAAAUUAGGCCUAGACACUCUUUUUUGUAAAAGCUUCUCAAGAGAUUCUCAUGUACAGCCAGGAUUGAGAAGUAUGUCCUUAGAACAGAGGUUCCAACUUUGUCAUAUAUUAUAAUCACUUAAGGAAUUUUGAGAAAUACCAAUACCUGGCCUGUAAUCCCAGCACUUUGGGAGGCCGAGGUGGGCAGAUCACUUGAGGUCAGGAGUUUGAGACCAGCCUGGCCAACAUGGUGAAACCGUCUCUACUAAAAAUACAAAAGUUAGCCAGGCGUGGUGGCAGGUGCCUGUAGUUCCCAGCUACUCGGGAGGCUGAGGCAGGAGAAUGGCAUGAACCCAGGAGGCAGAGGUUGCAGUGAGCUGAGGUCUUUUCCCUGCACACCAGUCUUCCAGUCAUGGUGACAAAGUGAGACUCCAUCUCAAAAAAAGAAAAAGAAAAAUAUCAAUACUGUGUCUGACCCCAAGUCUUACUCUACAAGGCACGAAGCACUUGGCUCCUGUAUUUCCAUCUCUGGUCAUUUGCUUCCAUACAAAUGAUCUCAUUUCAUCCUCAAAACUCCUAAUGAGGUAGUGGGCAGUCAUCAGACGCACUUCACAGAUAAGGAUAUCAAGGAACAAAACUAUCUGGGUGACUCGUUCAAGGUUAGGGCAAGAACCUAGAACACCCAGCUCCUGGUCUGGUGCUCUUUUAACCUCAACCUGUUGUCAUGUCCAGGUUCUAGAAUGAAUAGGUCAAUGCUGUAAAGUGGAUUCCAAGUGUAAAGGGGAGGGUCUAUGAGGUGACAUUCUAGAAGGGCAAAGAAGGGAGGACAGGAGGCAGAUCACUAUUCCCUCACAAACUGGGGCUUUGGGGAAGCCAUGUCCUACUUCAGGGCUCCACAAACUCAUCCAGGUCCUCUGCCUUCUGGCCAAGGUGGGGCUGCUUCUCCAGGCUUGUCCCUUGGCCUCUGUAGUCCUGUAGAGCCAGUGGUGGCGGCCUCUGGUGGAACAGGCCCACUGAGCCAGAAAGCUGAGCAGGUGGCACCUGCUGCCCAGGCCUGGGGCCCAGCCCUGGCAAUGCCACAAGCCAGGGGCUGCCCUGGGGGGACUAGCUGGGAGACACUACGGAAGGAAUACAGCCGAAACUGCCACAAAUUCCCGCAUGUGAGGCAGCUGGAGAGCUUGGGCUGGGACGAUGGCUACUCCAGAAGCAGAGCCCCCGACCUGGGUGGCCCCAGCAGGCCUAGGCCCCUGAUGCUGUGUGGGCUGUCACCACGGGUUCUACCGGUACCCUCUGAGGCAGUGGGGAAGGAGGCCAGCUCCCAGCCUGACAUCUGCAUCCUCACCCUCGCUAUGAUGAUCGCUGGCAUCCCCACCGUGCCUGUCCCAGGCGUUCGGGAAGAGGACCUAAUCUGGGCCGCUCAAGCUUUCAUGAUGGCCCAUCCGGAGCCAGAGGGUGCUGUGGAGGGGGCGCAGUAGGAGCAGGCGCAUGCCCACACAGCCUCUGGGAAGAUGCCCCUAGUGAGACCUAAGAGGGGCCAGCCUCCUGGCUCCUGCUUGUAGAUGGAUGAAAUAGCACCAGAUAUGUAGGGUGGCUUCUCCGUAUGGUUCUUGGGCAGACAGGGUUGGGAGGAGGGCCUAUGGCAGGGAUGGGGAUACAGCUGGUGGUUGAGCCAUUCUGACAAAUUCCAGUCCUUCAUCAGGGACUUCCAGACCCUAAAGUUUCUCCAGAUACCACUAAGACAGGAGAUAGGUUUUGUUGGGUAGAUAUAAUGUAAAUAUCUGAGGUAGGGGCCCCUGCUUGGAGAGUUGAGGCUGCUUUUAUGUUGUUUUGAAGACUUGAUCAGAAUUUUUUUUUUUUUUUUUUUGAGAUAGGGUCUCACUCUGUCACCAAUGCUGGAGUGCAGUGGCACGAUCACAGCUCACUGCAGCUUCGACCUCCUGGGCUGCAGCUUUGACCUCCUGGGCUCAAGUGAUCGUGCUACCUCAGCCUUCCUGAGUAGCUGGGACUACAGGCACGUGCUACAUCCAGCUAAUUUUUGUAUUUUUUGUAGAGAAGGGGUUUUGCCAUGUUGCCCAGGCUGCUCCAAUCUGCCUGUUUUGGCCUCCCAAGGUGUUGGGAUUACAGGCGUGAGCCACCAUACCUGGCCUACCCAGAAUUUCUUUUUUUUUUUUUUAAUUUUUAUUUUUUAGACAGAGUUUUGCUCUGUCACCCAGGCUGGAGUGCAAUGGCAUGAUCUCGGCUCACUGCAACCUCUGCCUCCCAGGUUCAAGCGAUUCUCCUGCCUCAGCUUCCCGCGUAGCUGGGAUUACAGGUGGCUGCCACUACGCCCGGCUAAUUUUUGUAUUUUUAGUAGAGACACGGUUUCACCAUGUUGGUCAGGCUGGUCUCAAACUCCCAACCUCAGGUGAUCCGCAUGCCCCGGCCUCCCAAAGUGCUGGGAUUACAGGUGUGAGCCACCACGCCUGGCCACAAUUUCUUAUAUUAAGUCCUAGGCAUUUUAAUUCUCCUCUUGCCUUAAAUUUCCCAAUAUGUUGAAGGCAGGUAAUAGGACCAUAGGCAAGGAAGGAAAAUUAAUACUUAAUUGAGCACCCACUAGGUAUGCCUGCUCUGUAAACAUACCCUGUGGAGAUCCCCAUUUUUACAGAUAAUCAGGUUGAGGUUUAGAGGGGUAACUUAUCCUAGUAAGUCUUAUAGCUAGUAAAAGGCAGAACCAGGCACAAAAAUCAAGCAGGGAAGGAACCAACCAGGAUUCACAUGUUGUAUAACACUCUAAAGUCUAUUCUUUCCAUGAUAUACCCUAAACUGCCUUCUAUGGAACAAAAAAAAACUAGACAAGUGCUAGAAUAUGCAACAUUCAGUUUUAUUGACCCCAGCAUGGGACAAGGAAAAAAGUUCAGGGAGCCUGGCUGAGUCAGCUCCCCAGAGGGGCCUCUUCCCCUGUAGGAAGCCUCCCAGCCCAGCUCACUUAAAGGAGAUGGGUUAAGUGAGUCAUCUCAUGAUUGGGGCAACUGCUACCAAGCCCCAAACCUCAAUCUCACCACCUGAUGUUUUAUCUCUUAUCUUAGACCAGGGGUUGCCGUUAUUUUAUUUUUUUUCUUAGAUGGAGUCUCGCCCUCCCAGGCUGGAGUGCAGUGGCAGCAGGAUCUUGGCCUACUGCAACUUCUGCCUCACAGGUUCAAGCGAUUCUCCUGCCUCAGCCUCCCGAGUAGCUGGGAUUACAGGGUGCCCGCCACCACGCCUGGCCAAUUUGUGUAUUUUUAGUAGAGACGGGGUUUCACUAUGUUGGCCAGGCUGGUCUUGAACUACUGACCUCAAGUGAUCUGUCCAUCUCAGCCUCCCAAAAUGCUGGGAUUAUAGGCGUGAGCCACCAUGGCCAGCUGGACUGCCUGUUUUUGUAUGACCUUUGAGCUAAGAAUGGUUUCUACCUUAUGAAAAUGUUAAAACAGGCCAGGUGCGGUGGCUCACACCUGUAAUCCCAGCACUUUGGGAGGCCGAGGCGGGUGGAUCACGAGGUCAGGAGAUCGAGACCAACCUAGCUAACACGGUGAAACCCCGUCUCUACUAAAAAUACAAAAAAUUAGCCGGGCGUUGUGGCGGGCGCCUGUAGUCCCAGCUACUCGGGAGGCUGAGGCAGGAGAAUGGCGUGAACCCAGGAGGCGGAGCUUGCAGUGAGCAGAGAUCGCGCCACAGAACUCCAGCCUGGGCGACACAGCCAGACUCCUUCUCAAAAAAAAAAAAAAAGAAAAAAAAAAAGAAAAUGUUAAAACAAAACCAAGAAUAUACAACAGAGACUGUAUGUGGCCACCUGAGUAAACUAAACAGAUUAAGA